CGCCACAACGCCACUUAAGAACCUCCUUUUUAGUGACGUCUGCAGACGUAACGUAUUCCCAGCCAAUACGCGGCACGGAGAAGCGAGUGUGGGCGGAGUCUGACUUUAGCAGCAGGCAGGGCUAAACGUUUUCCCGCGAAAGUCAGUGCAUGGUCUGGUGGGGCAGAACACAUUGUUGAUCCGGACUCAAAAGAAUAACAAUUAUUUACCAAAUACAACGCGUAUUUAUUCGACUCUAGUUUUAUUACAAGAGGUUUGCUACAGAAUAUUUGAAGAAUGUCCGGAUUUGAUGACCCAGGAGUUUAUUACAGUGAUAGUUUCGGUGGAGGCGAAGCCAUCGGUGAUGAGGGUGUCCUGAAACGCAGCCAGAUCAAAAAGAAAUUUCGUGAAUUUUUGAGGCAGUUUAGAGUCGGCACCGAUCGCACUGGAUUCACCUACAAAUACAGAGAUGAACUCAAAAGGCACUACACACUGGGAGAGUACUGGAUUGAGGUGGAAAUGGAGGACUUGGCCAGUUUUGAUGAAGAUUUGUCAGACUGUCUGUACAAACUGCCCACAGAGAACCUUCCUUUGUUGGAGGAGGCAGCUCAGGAAGUGGCUGAUGAGGUCACACGCCCACGGCCAGUCGGAGAAGAGACUGUACAGGACAUACAGGUCAUGCUGAAGAGCGACGCCCACCCGGCCUCAAUCCGCAAUCUGAAGUCGGAGCAGGUGUCGCGUCUCGUCAAGAUUCCCGGUAUAAUCAUAUCUUCUACAGCAGUGAGGGCCAAGGCCACCAGAGUUUGUCUUCAGUGCCGUGGCUGCAGGGCAGUUAUCAGUAACAUUCCUCUGCCACCGGGUCUGCAGGGCUACGCUUUGCCCCGCAAGUGUAACACCGAACAGGCGGGUCGUGUUAAGUGUCCUAUGGAUCCGUAUUUCAUCAUUCCAGACCGGUGCGUGUGCGUGGAUUUCCAAACUCAGCGUCUGCAGGAAGCUCCUGAUGCCGUUCCUCAUGGAGAGAUGCCACGACACAUGCAGCUCUACUGUGACCGAUACUUGUGUGACCGUGUGGUACCUGGAAACAGAGUAACCGUCAUGGGGAUCUACUCCAUCAAGAAGGUGGCGCAGACCAAGUCCAAAGGCCGUGAUAAAGGGGCGGGUGUAGGCAUCCGAGCAGCAUAUCUGCGUGUCGUCGGCAUUGAAGUGGAUACUGAAGGAGCAGGUCGUGGAGCCUCGAGUUCAGUUACCCCUCAAGAAGAAGAGGAGUUGAGGGCUCUGGCUUCCUCCCCCUCUGUCUACGACUCACUUGCUCGCUCUCUCGCCCCAUCCAUCUAUGGAAGUGAUGAUCUGAAGAAGGCCAUUACAUGCCUUCUGUUUGGAGGCUCCAGGAAGAGGCUGCCUGAUGGACUGACACGCAGAGGAGAUAUUAAUUUGCUGAUGCUCGGAGAUCCAGGAACAGCCAAGUCUCAGCUGCUGAAGUUUGUGGAGAGAUGUUCUCCAAUCGGAGUGUACACCUCUGGUAAAGGCAGCAGUGCUGCCGGUUUGACAGCCUCAGUGCUGCGAGACCCCCACACUCGUGGUUUCAUUAUGGAGGGAGGUGCCAUGGUGCUUGCUGAUGGUGGAGUGGUGUGCAUCGAUGAGUUUGACAAGAUGAGAGAGGAUGACCGAGUCGCCAUCCAUGAGGCCAUGGAGCAGCAGACCAUCUCUAUUGCAAAGGCUGGCAUCACCACCACCUUGAACUCUCGCUGCUCUGUGCUGGCUGCCGCCAACUCUGUGUUUGGACGUUGGGAUGACACAAAGGGAGAGGAUAACAUUGACUUCAUGCCCACUAUCCUGUCUCGAUUCGACAUGAUCUUCAUUAUCAAAGACCAGCACGACCAACAGCGAGACAUGACGUUGGCUCGACACGUUAUGAACGUUCACCUCAGUGCCCAUACCCAGACGGAGGGUGUAGAGGGAGAGAUUCCUCUGGCCAUGCUGAAGAAAUAUGUUGCCUAUGCCAGAGUGAAAUGUGGGCCCCGUCUGUCUGCGGCUGCUGCAGAGAAACUGAAGAACAGAUACGUGCUUAUGAGGAGCGGAGCGAAGGAGCAUGAGCGAGAGAGUGAAAGACGUGCGUCCAUCCCCAUCACUGUCCGGCAGCUUGAGGCCGUUGUGCGCAUUUCGGAGUCACUCGCUAAGAUGAAGCUGCAGCCAGUCGCUGGAGAGGAAGAGGUGGACGAAGCCCUGAGACUCUUCCAGGUGUCCACACUAGAUGCAGCCCUCUCCGGCAGUCUUUCAGGUGUUGAAGGAUUCACAUCUCAGGAAGAUCAAGAGAUGAUCUCUCGCAUAGAGAAACAGUUGAAGAGACGAUUUGCUAUUGGCUCCCAGGUGUCUGAGCACAGUAUCAUACAGGACUUCACCAAACAGAAGUACCCAGAACAUGCCAUUCAUAAGGUUCUUCAUCUGAUGAUGAGACGGGGUGAACUGCAGCACCGCAUGCAGAGGAAGGUGCUUUACAGAAUCAAGUAAAGGGGUUGUGUGUGUUUUUAACUCGCACUGUUAAAAAAGGAACGUGAGAUCUGAUGAACAACUAAAUGCAGACAUGAAGGCUGAUCUUGAUGGUCAACAAUGUAUAAUUAAUAUACAUUUCAGAUUUAUUGUACAUAGUUUGCUGGACUUCUUUUUUUGUUUUGUUUUUCUUUAUAUGUCCUGUUUAUCAUUCUUAUGAAGUCUUUGGUCAAGUAUGACUCUACUUCCUGUAGCGUAUGUUAUCACUGCCAUAAUUCAUUACUGAAUUUUGCUCUUGUCAAAUGUAGGUUUUCAAUUCCUUAAACACAUAAAAAAAAAAAACGAGUAAAAAUGAACUUUGAAUGGAACUGAAAAUCUAUGAAAUAAAUGUCAAUUAAUUCUCAAAUUAAAGAUAUUGGCAUAUUUUAUAUGGAAACAUAAUAAAAGCAUUUAGGAAAU